AUGAUCGGCCUAUUCAUUCGCCGCCAGCGAAUAGUCCUCCUGGUGUGGGUCUUGGUCGGCGUCCUGCUGAUCCUCUUCCGAGGCUCCAAGGCCGAGGAGGAGGAAGACCGACGCGGGUCAGCAACCCACGAGCACGACCAUGACAUCCCGCCGGGCGUGGUCACCGGCGGCCAUGUGCCACAUGCCCGGGCUCAAGAGGACCAGCACCACCGCCACCGCCACCACCACCACCCCCAUCACCAUGAUCAGGGCCGUGACCAUGCCCACGGUUAUGGGCGUCAGAACCAACACCACCAGCCACCGCCACAGGACCCGCCGGAGUACACCGAGGACUAUGACCAGACCUAUGCCGAUGCGUCGGCCACUUCAUCCUCCUCGGCGUCGGACUAUUCCUCGAGCUACUACUACGACGCCGGGGCUGGCAGCCCGGCCGAGGAGCCCGCCUCGGCCGGCCAUCGCACAGGCGGACAUGCGCGAGGGGCUUCAGCCUCGCCGGCGAUCACCUUGGAAAAGUAUGCCGCCGGAGGGGUGGACCAUUGGGGCGUCGAGCUUUUCUCCCUGGCCCAUCCUGGCCAGGCGGUGGCCCGGCUGGAAAGCCUCGGCCUGUACCAUGUGGUGUAUGAUUGCGAUGAGAAGGCCCCGCGAAAUGUGCCUUUCGACCCGGUGACCGGCGUGGCACCAGCCGACAUCCGGCGAAUCAUCCGGUCUUCCGGCGGGGAUAUCGUCCGCAGCUGGGACAAGGCGUACCUGACUAUCCUUCGGCAGGCUUUUGCCGCGGAAAGUUGGCGCAUUUGCCUUGAUAAACCGGUGGAUCGCUUGGACAUUGAGCCAGGCUUGACGGUGCAGGUCUUGUCAGAAAACUCGGCUCGGAGGAAGGCCCCCGCCAACGGCGCAUCCGCCGGGUCGAGGGCCCGAAACAAGGAGGAUUACGAGUAUGGCGAGGACUACCAGCCACCGGAGGAGAUUUCCGAGUACUAUGAGUACGAAGAGUAUGCCGACGGGAGUGCCACCGCCGGCGGUGCCAAGCGCCCGGCAUCGAGGAGCCCCGAUGAGCCCAUCCUGGCCGUGGAUUCCCCUUCGACCCUGGAACAACAACGGGCUGAGCGUUAUCUGGACGACCUGGAUGCCAGUGUCCCGGUCGUCGGCCCCAGCAGUCUGGACUUGCGAGCGCUCCAGGGCCGCAUUCGGGCUAUUCGUGUGUCUCCUGCGGACGGCGUCACGCUCUUUGGGCAGCCCAACUUCCGGCGGCCGCUGGUGUUCCUCCCUCCGGGCAAGGCGUACUACCUGUCGGACUUGCGCCAGCCGACGGCACACACCACGGCCACCGACCGAGGCGAUCCACAUGCACAUGACGAAGGGCGCUUCCUUUCCGGAGAGGGGCUGCUCGGGGCCGUGAUGUCGGUGCGCUUCGGCCCCCUGACCGAGGCCUCCUUCCAUGCAACCGCCGAGGCCUGCCAGAAGGAGGAGUCCCUGCUGCCGGCCGAAGUGUCAGCCACACCCGGGCACAUGCCCGUCGAAAUGUCGAGCCUCACUGGGCCGGACAUUGCCCUGCAGCUGGACGCCUUGAGAGUGGAAGCGUCGGAUGUGACGAAUCUCAGCUGGGUUCGCGUCCGCCCGAAGAACACCCCGGCGCAGGGCCACCGGGUCCGGCCGCCGACCGACCCGGAGGCCGAUCCGCUGGCCGAAUACCAAGCCGAGCAUCUGGAGCCGAUGGACCACCCGCGCGAUCGGUCCUGGGCCGAGGAGACUGCAUGCAUUCUGCCCAAGGUCCUGCAAGGGGCCGUCAUCGUCCACCCGGGGACAUGGUUCCGAGGGGGAGUCCGCCAGGCAGUGGCCAUGCAGCUGGUGGCUCCUGGCUCGGGGUCAGCACCAGCCAGCCCCGGGGCCGAGGGCGACCACCGGAUCUCGGCGGAGCUGCUUCUGGCCGAAUUGGCCACAUUGGAUCAGUCGCCGACUCGCGGCAAAAUCAUUCGCUCCUCGUCAGAUGGCUUGGGCGAGAUCAAGGGCGUGGCCCAGCGUAUGGGCCACCACAUUGGCUCGCUGGCCAUGAGCAAGCGGACCACGCUCACCCUGACGGCCAGCCUGGCUCAUGAGGAUAUCACCAUCGACAUGCUGUCCAAGUGGAAGGUCAGCCACUUCGCGCACCAGGGCUCCGGUGCCCGUCAUGAGGGGGCCCACCAUGCCUUCCACGCCAUCACCAUCUCCGGGGAAAACCACACCGUCGGACUGCCUUCCUCGGUGGUUCGCGCGGCUCGUGUCCAGGUGACCUGCAAUGUGCCCUGUCCCCAAGGCAAGGGCAACUGCCUGUCCAGCCCGGAUCAUUGCCGCUGCAUCAGCGGCUGGGAUGGGCCUGCUUGCGAGACAUUCUCCUGCCAGCCAGCCUGUGGGCCGAAUGGACGAUGCUCACUCGAGCGCCAACAGUGCAUAUGCAUGACCGGAUGGCGCGGGAAGGAUUGCAACACCCCCAUUUGCUUGGAACCGUGUGUCAACGGUGCAUGCGUGGCUCCGGGGAAGUGUCAAUGCAUCUCCAGCCAGUACACCGGGAAGCAAUGCGAGCGUUUGGCCCCGGUGUGUGGGGACGGUAAGUGCGAGCGCCAGUCGGGCGAGUCGUGCGACUCCUGUCCGGCCGACUGUGGCGAGUGUGGCAUUGGCGGCUCGGAGCGCAUUGUGGUGGCCGGCGUCCGCGGCGGCCCCGAUGGUGCUGGCGGCCAACCGGCGCCCGAACACUUGGCCGGCCGCCGGAUCCAGGUCCAGCCGAAGCGCCUGCUGUAUGACAAUGAAGAGUCUUGGCGUGCGGGCACGGGACUGAAGUCGCGCGAUCCCCUGGAUAACUCGACAACCGCCCUGCUGACCGCCGGUACGGCGGCCCUGCUGAUUACGCUCCUGAUGAGUGUUGUCGGCAUCGGCCUGUGCUUGGCGGGCAAGCUUUCCCCCGGAGGCACGGCGACCGCGGCCGAUGCCGGUGGCAGGGCGUCAGGCACAUCGCGGACCGGCCGGUCGGCUCCUCGAUCGGCAGACCCCUCCUCCGCCGGCCAUGCAAUCAGCUCGAGCACCAGCAUGGGACGCUCGGCCCACAUGGCCGAGAGCCUUUCCUUCCGCAGCGGCGGCCGCCGGGCGGCCACCACGGCUGCCGACACGCCGUCGCAUCUCUUCCAGCACCAACCCCAGCACCAGCCGCAGCAGUCGCCCUAUGGGCCGAAUUAUGUCGGCUCGGAAGGGACCCCUCCGGUGGGGUCGUCGGCCGGCAUGGUCUCGCGCAAGUCUGCCCCGGGCGCCCACGCUCCGUCGCACUAUUCCGAUUGGGGAAUCAACCAGCAGCAGCAGCAGCAACACCGGCCCCAGGCCAGCCAUCCUCUCAAGGACCCGGGCCAUAUGGCCACUGGCAAGCCUCCUGGUCCGGGGAGCCAGCAAGGCGCCCCGGGGGCUCGAUCUCUUUCCUGGGGCGUGCAUCCGGACAUUCCACAAGCCCGGGAAAAUCCCCGACGCAUGACCUCCGGAUUGGAUCCCAUCGGGGAGGCGGUCCACCUGGGGGGCAUGGGACACCCGCCUCACCUUCAGACGCCUGCGCCCCUCCCCCAAGCGGUGGCCGCCUCGGCAACUGGUCCGGGUAGUGCGCCCCUUCGUCGGUCAGUUACCACGGAGGUCACCCCGCCGGGGAUGGUCCUCCCCAAGAAGCCGGUGCUCAGUCGCCACCCGACCACGGCUGGGGUGCCGCCCCCGGCUCUUUCUGGCGGGGCGGUCCAGCCUGCCCAUCUGCAGCAGCACCAGCCACUUAUGGGCAGCUCUCCGCUUGCGGCCCCUCGGCAGGGACAAUCCUUCCCGGAGCUCCGGCGCCACACCGGCAUCCCCCUGCCGCCGUCCCUCAGUCGUACAUCCACGGUGGAGGAUCUCUCGGCUACGGGCGUCUCCAUCGGCGGUGGUAGCAGCCACUUGAGGGGCGGCCGUAGCCUCACCUCCAGCGAUGAGCCAGAUCCGGCCGGCAAUGUGGCUGCCACCGCACCAGUGGCCUCCGCAUGGGGGACCACGCCCCUGCCGCCGGAACUGCCACCCCAGGCCCGGCCAUCAUCGGCUUCGCAAUAG